AUGAAGCGCUUUUUCUCUUCGCUCUACGAGAGCACAGGCCUCAUCAAGGACCCGGGACAGCGCAGUAUCGCCAGUCGUGUGACUGCCUUAGCGGUGGAGGGGGUGGCUGUCUUCACGGUGCUAGGCACGCUCGGUGUCGACACAUCGCCGCUUAUCGCUGCUGCCGGAGUCACCGGCGCGACGAUCGGUUUUGCGUGCAAGGACUUCGGAGCGAACUUCGUUGCCAGCAUUGCCCUUUCCGGCCAAAGAGCGCUGCGCACGGGCAACAAGGUCUCGAUCGGCGUUGGUGUCAACAUCGUCUCCGGCACCGUUGUCGACUGGGACACGCGCUACAUCUACCUCCGAAACGAGGAGAAGGCAUUAGUGUGCGUACCGAACAAUGUGGUGCUCAACUCUGUCGUCAUGUGGAAGGACCCGAAUACGGCCGCUCCCCUGACAUCGAAGGGUGCGUAUCAGGCAAAAGACAGCAAGGAGUGGAAUGCAGCUGCCAGCGCAGCUGAACCGCCCCAAAAGUAG